CUCCUUUCUUCCCUUUCUCUCAUCUCAACUUCCCUUUUCAGACUAAAGAUCCCCGACAUCUCCUUCCCCCGUGGAAUGGAGUUCGCGAAUAAGCCAGCGGAAAGAGGACACACGCAACCACAAAGAGUGAAAGAGUCCGACAAUGCUCAGUUCGACCAGCUCGACAUCGGUGAAACUGUCGACGCCGGCCUGCCACAGUUAUACUCACAAUGGACCGGGACAUUGAGGCCGGAAGCAAUUACAGUAGCAACAACAUUCAAAACAACGAAAGCAACACCGAAGCUGUCGACCAUGUCUCUCCCCUACCGCCCCGUCCCAGUCGCAAGUUGUCGGACGAUGGCGCAUCUGGAGCCCUACACGUAGCGGCCGCUUCCAAGCCCACCACACAAGUGUCGACCAUCGACAUCUCUACUCUAUCCUUCCCUGAUGGAUCGCGCGGCACUUUCUCGACCAGCGCGACCAGCGCGACGAGAUCCGUUGCCUCCCCCCAGUCUAGCGCCAGCGGCUAUACCUCCCCGCGCACCGACCCGGCCGAGACCGUGAGCGUCGCGAGCUAUCCCGCAACCCUCCGUCCACCUGGAGACCUGGCAGAUCUUGUCACCGGCGAGUUUAACAGGCGAAGCCGGGCAUGGUCCAUGCUGAGGACCCAGUCAUCUUCUGUGCAGCCCUUCGAGGCCAGCAGGACCGGCGCAUGCGACAGCUUGGCCGGGUUCGAGAAGGAGUUCGAUGACAUCCCCGAACUAGGCGAGAAGGGCAUCACCGACGAGCAGCGGUUAUCACUGUGGAAGUCCAAGAUGAAACACUACAUGAUCCUAUCCUCCGCCGGAAAGCCCAUCUGGAGUCGACACGGCGAUACAAGUCUGAUCAACUCCUACAUGGGGGUCGUGCAGACCAUCAUCUCCUUCUAUGAGGGCGCAAAGGACCCCCUUCUAGGUUUCACCGCCGGGAACGCUCGCUUCGUCAUCAGCACCCAAGGCCCCCUUUACUUCGUGGCCAUCAGCAGACUAGGCGAGAGCGACGCCCAGCUUCGAAGCCAACUAGACGCUUUAUACAUGCAGAUCCUGUCCACCCUCACGCUUCCGACACUCAAGAACAUCUUCGCCCACCGUCCCUCCACCGACCUCCGAAAGCCACUAGAGGGAACCGAAUCCCUUCUCUCCUCUCUCGCCGAUUCGUUCACCAAGGGCUCCCCUUCCGCCCUCCUCGGCGCCCUAGAAUGUCUACGACUGCGCAAAUCCCACCGCGCCACCAUCAACAACGCCUUCCUCAAGUGCCGCAGCGACAAGCUUCUCUACGGCUUGAUUGUAGCAGGCGGCAAGCUCGUCAGCGUAAUCCGGCCGCGCAAACACUCGCUCCACCCGAGCGACCUCCAGCUGAUCUUCAACAUGCUCUUCGAAUCCGGCGGCAUCCGGGCCGGCGGCGGCGAAAACUGGGUACCGCUGUGUCUACCAGCUUUCAACAACCGCGGCUACCUCUACAUGUACGUGAGCUUUUUCGACUCGGUAGACACGGCGGCGGCAGCGGCGGCGGCGGCGGAAGAAAACAACAACAGCAACAACCCAGAACAACCACCACAACCGCCACCACCAAAACCAGCGACUUCACCGGACGAAGAAAUCGCCAUAAUCCUCAUCUCCGCCGACAAAGAGUCCUUUUUCGAACUCAAAUCCAUGCGCGACAAACUCGCCCUCCAACUAGCCAAAAACGGUUCUUUGCAACUCAUCCAAUCCGCCGCCCGUCAGAGGCGCCCCCGUAUCGAGACAAUUUUAAACACCAACAACUCUCAAUCAACAACAACAGAAGGGCAAAUUGGCCAACUAAGCCACUUCCUCUACAAAUCCCGAGCAAACGUGCAAUUCUGCCAGUCCAGCCUCUCUCCCACCUUCGAGUCUCCUCCUAGGUCAUCCCCAUCCGAAAAGGAUUCAGUGUCAUCCCAGAGGAAAACAGAAAAACUAGUCUCCCGCCGCCGCCUAAUGACGCUCUACCACCACCUGCACGCCUCGAUCCACGCCAAGCACUCGCACUUGAAGGUCUUGCACCUGGUGAGCGAGGACGCGGCGAGCCUGGCCUGGAUCACGCCCGUGUUCGAGUUCUACUGCGUGGCGGGGCCGAAUAUGUCGAGAGGAAGGUACCUUAGGAGUGGAUUCGGUUCUUGGAACGAGAAGUGGUCUAUACUUCGUUUGGUUGCAUGGUUGCAGUUAUUAAAGAGCGGUUUAGUCGGUUGUUAUUAG